UAAGUAAACUAUUGAUAGUGUGUAAUAUAAAAUUAGACAUCAGCGUAGCAAAAAACACAUCAUAUCACCAAAACAUUUGCGAAUAAAAUAGAGAAGUAGAAUUUUUUUUUUUUUAAUCUUUAUUUUAAUACAUUUUUUUUUAAAUCUAUCAUGCCAGUAAAUAAGCUUUAGAUUUAAUUUUACAGAUCAAAUAAAUUAAUUAAUUAUAUAAAAUUAUGGCUUUAUAUGUUGAUCGAAAAAUCGAGGACCCUUUAGUUGGACCACAAAAAACAUUGCUAAGUUGGCACAAAUGUUUUCCAUUGAUGGCUUGUGCAUCUUAUGAUGAUGGCUCUGGAGGUCUUGUAAGCAUUUACAAAGAUGACAGUACUAUUGUAAGAAACAAAAUCACUUCUCGGCUGGGUAUACAAGUCACAACUCUAGCGUGGCAUCCAUCAAAGAAGUGUUUGCUGAUUGGUUGGGAAAGCGGAGAUUUAUCAGUUUGGAGUGAACUUGGUGGCAGAGAAAUAUAUUCUUUCACAAAGCAUCAUAACAAUGUAGUGAGUGUACUAAAAUUCAAUGAAAGUGGAAAAAUUUUCAUUACUGGAGACAUUGAUGGUGGCCUGAAUGUGUGGAAAUUUGAAAUAGGCGGUAGUUUUGAAAUUUUACUUUCUAACUCCUUAAAACACCCCAUUGUAGAUAUCGUGUUUCGCAACAUUAAUACCGACAAUAGUGAUAGCGAAAUUAGCCGACUCGCAAAAGCUGCUGUGGACGGAGACGAGAAGGCAUUGAAUAUGUUUUCAAGUUGGCAAAAUGAUAACGGAUAUGAGGGAAAAUUACACUUUUUUGCGAGGGAAAAUGAUUUUGAUUUCUUCGUUGGGUGCCAAUCAGGAAUUGUUUAUUACAUCAAGAGCAACGGAUAUUGUGAAGGGGUGUUACAAAUGGAAACGUCAAUUCGUUACUUAGCUUAUUACAGGGAAAAAGACACAUUAAUUGUAAUUUCAAAAUCUCUCAUUUUAGCACAAUUUAGUAUAACUCAAGAUGGGUCUGUGAAUGAGUUAGGGAAAAUUAAGAUGAGUGGUAAAAGUACAGAUGUGGCUAUAACAUGGGCUGGUGAAGGACUGCUGGCUGUUAGUGCAGGAGAAAGCUCUGUUCAUCUAUGGAAUGUUGAAUUUGAAAGAAGUACCACACUUUCUCUGCCUUCAUCAGCUCCAACUCAGCAUAUAACGAGUAUUUCGUUCCUAGCAAGUAAGAAUAUCCUAUCAGCUGGUACAAGCCAAGGGUAUGUGUUCUCUUGGUAUUUAAUGUAUAAAGAAGACGAUAAUGAUAUAAUUUGGGAAAUUGAAGACAUGAUGAAUGUUACCGGAUGUAUAAGAAAUUUUGAAUGGUGUGAAAAUCUUGAAGUGAUGGGACUUAUCACUACAACAGAUGUUUACAUCAUAUCAAAGCAAAAAAUGUGUUUUGCCUUUGAUGAUGGUGUUUCAGCAGUUCAGAUGUCAGCUAGACAAGUAGCUAUUGAACUUGUUUCUCGAGAUCUGUCAGUGCAUCUAUUAACUGAAACUGAAAUCAAGGCAGUCUACUUAAGUAAAAACAUUGUAGUUCUGAGUUGUAAUGACAAAUUAAUAUUUUAUGAAGUCAACUUCGAUGAGAAAAAAACCAUGCAUCUAGGGACCUUUGCACCUGCUUCUGAUACUGUUCUUUUACAUGAACAAAGUGUAUACGUUGUAAAUGAAAACAAAAUAGACGUAAAAACUUUCCAGGGGACAUUGAAAGCAUAUUUCACUUUUACGAAGGAAGAAGGUUACCCGAGUGUGAUGGACGCUUCGGGUAACUUUUUUAUAGCUGCCUCAAGUGUUGGUGUUAUUAAAAUUUGGGACAUCAGUGGUAGAGAAGCAAAAUUAAUAUUAACAUCAGGAUUUGCUAAAAAUGUAUUGAAAGAUAAAUUGAUUGCCUCAGUGAAAUGCAAUAACAAAGGCAAUAAAGUAAGUUUUACAGCUCGCAUGAAAACAAAGACAGGAUUCAUAAAUGAUUCAUCCUUAUAUGUGUGGGAUACGGAGAAAAACGUUAUCUCAAGAUUUGAUUUUGCAACUGGUAUAGGAUCAAAUGAAGAAAAUGCUCCCUCAAAUGCAAACCAAUUUGGAUCAGUAGCAAGUGGUCGUUAUCCCGUAAAUCACGUGUGGGUGAAAGAAGAUCCUCGCAUGAUUAUUUGUGAAGCAAAACUGUUACCUCUUCCUCUCAAAAAGAAUAUAACAGGCAACAGCUUCAGAAAAAUUCUAAAUAAAAGAAAUAGUUUCAUGGAAAAUGAUAAGAAACCUGAAUCAAUUGUUGCAUCAUUAUACAUGACACCUGAUAAAAUAUUAAUAAUUCAAGAUUAUUUUUUUCUUGAUGAAGAGCAAUCUAAUCUAUUGGGAAUUAAAAUUCCUCAUUAUUUUCUGUUACAGAAAUCUAAAGUUGAUGAAAACUCUGACGAUAAUAGUGCAAAUGUAAAAGGACACAAAUCAUUAGUUCAAAGAAAGACCAUGCAGAGCUUCAUUGGUCUUGAAGAUAGUGAUAAAGUAACAAAAGAGGCUCUUUUAAAUUUCAGCUACUUUUUUUCUGUUGGGUGUUUUGAUGAAGCUUUUCUGGCUAUAAAAUCUAUAAAGUCAGAAUCAGUCUGGCAGAAUAUGGCAAAAAUGUGUGUCAAAACUAAAAGACUGGAUGUUGCAAGGAUAUGUGUAGGGAAAAUGGGACAUACUUAUGCAGCUAGAGCUUUAAAAAAUGCAGAAAAUGAACCGGAACUUGAAACUAAAGUUGGUAUACUAGCCAUACAUUUAGAAAUGUAUCCAGAAGCGGAAGAGCUUUUUAAAAGUUGUGGACGAUAUGACUGGAUCAAUAAGCUGUAUCAAAGUCGAGGGCAAUGGGAAAAAGCUUUAGAGAUAGCAGAGAAAAAAGAUAGGAUACAUUUAAGAGAUACAUUUUAUAAUUAUGCUAAUUAUUUAGAGAGAGAGGGAGAAAUUAAUGCAGCAAUUAAAUAUUUUGAAAAGUCUGGUACCCAUCAUUUUGAAGUCCCUCGCAUGUUGUUUGAAGAUCAAAGAGCUUUAGAAUCCUACGUCCAAAAAAGUAAAGAUCCCGAGAUUCAUAAAUGGUGGGCUCAAUAUUUGGAGAGUAUUGAUGAAAUGGAAACUGCUUUACAAUAUUACAAAACAGCAGAGGAUUAUCUUUCCCUUGUUCGGUUAUACUGUUAUUGUAAUAACUUGGAAAAAGCAGCCGAGAUAGCGAAUGAGACAGGCAACAGAGCGGCUUGCUUUCAUCUUGGUAGGCAAUUUGAAAAUCAGGAUAAUAUAAAAGAAGCCAUACAUUUUUUCACUCAAGCCAGGGCUUUUACAAAUGCUAUCCGUAUUUGCAAAGAAAACAAUUUCGAAGAACAACUUAUGAAUUUAGCUAUGAUGGCUGGCCCUGAAGAAAAGGCUGAUGUGGCUCAGUAUUUUCAUCAACAAGGUCAACUAACUAAUGCUAUCUCUUUAUAUCACAAAUCUGGAAAUUUAGAAUAUGCUGUUGAACUUGCUUUUCAAGAGGGUGAGUAUGACAUGCUACAAAAAAUAGCCAUGGAACUUCCAUCUGAUGCUGAUCCUCAAUUGCUGCAGCGCUGUGCUGAAUUUUUUAUUCAAAGAGGUAAAUUUGAUACAGCAGUAAACCUUUACAUAAUGGCAAAGAAAUAUGAAGAGGCUUUAAAUUUAUGUGUCGAAAACAAUGUAACAAUAAAUGAAGAAUUGGCAGAGAAAUUUACUCUUGAGAAAAACGAUGCAGAUAAAAAAUUGCGGAAUUUCAUAUUGGAAAAAAUAGGGGAAUCGUGCAUGAUACAAGAAAAUUACCAUUUAGCUGCUAAAAAAUUUACACAAUCGGGUGAUAAAAUUAAAGCAAUGAAAGCUCUUUUAAAAUCAGGAGACACAGAAAGAAUAAUAUUCUUUGCAAAUGUUUCACGCCAACGAGAAAUAUAUGUAAUGGCUGCAAAUUAUUUGCAAUCACUUGAAUGGAGAAGUGGAGGUGAUAUAAUAAAACACAUAAUUACUUUCUAUACAAAAGGAAAAGCACUGGAUUUGUUGGCAAGUUUUUAUGAAGCAUAUGCCCAAGAUGAGAUUGAUGAAUAUCAGAAUUAUGAAAAAGCUCUCGAAGCGCUGACAGAAGCCUACAAGAGUCUCUCCAAAUCACCUUCUGCUAGUAAUGCUGGUAAGUUAGAAAAUAUUAAGAUGAAAAUCGAAAUUGUGAAACAAUUUGUGGAUAUUCGGCAGUUGUAUGAAAGCAGUGCUGAAGAAGCCAUCAAACAAUGUAGAGAUCUACUCCAUAAUGAAAAUGUAGAUGCAGCUAUUCGAAAAGGAGAUAUAUAUGGAUUUUUAAUAGAACAUUUUUGCUCUCAAGAAAAUUAUAAAGUUGCUUAUUCCAUCUUAGAACAAAUGCAAAAAACAAUGCCAGGAGUUAAUUUGCCUUACUAUAUAAAAGUAGACAAUUUAAAAGCUAUUUACAAAGCUUUAGAUUUGAAACCAAAUAUUCACGCUAAUCUUUUAGAUAGUAAGAAAAGUGAUGAAAAUGAACUUUCAGAUAAUGAAGAAAUCGAAGAAGACUAUCAAUCAGUUGAAAAUAGAUUUUAAAAUUCUUAAAAAUAUAUUAUAUGUCUAUAUUCAGCAUAUAUAUUUAUUUCACAAAAAUUUCAAUAGCUGACUUUACCUACACACACGUUGUUUGUUACUCAUAUUUAAUGACUAUGUUGCUGUUUAAUAGCUGCCAUUUAACUGAGUUUUUUGUAAAAAAUAACUAACUGCUAAUUUUCAUAAUUAUUUAUUUAUUUUUUGUAAUAUCAAUUCAUAUAAAUAAUUGUAUGAACUAUUUUAAUAGAAUGUGAGAAGCAAUUACAAAAAAGAAAGUAUGAGUGUGUCAUUAUAAAGAAUCAUUUAAAAAAUCUAUAUAGAUGUUAUUUUUUAACUAUAAAAGACUUAUUUUUAUGGAUUUAAAAAUGAAAAACCCAAACUUGUCAUAAAUAUGAUAAAGAAAAAAAUAUUUUUUUAAAUUAGCUUGAAACAAGUUGAAAAAUUUAAUUUUACUUUAUCUGAACAUACUUAAAGUUGAUGACUCCAUGACAAUUAUUAAAUUUUUACUAAACAUGAUUUUAGCAAAUGUACAGAGUAUAUUUUCUUAUCACUAUCACACACACAAAUGCAUAGAUAGUUAAAUUGUUUAAGGUUUAGAUAUAUUGAAACAAUGAAUGUAGAAUAUUAAUUAUGUUUUGAGUGCCUUACUGGUUUUCAAAAUUUUUAAUUUAUGUAAUUCAUAUUAAGAAAAUACUUAGAAUUAUACAUCAAAAUAGUUUCCAUUUUGAUGAAAGCUUUAAAUCAAUUAAAGUCAAAAUAUAUAUGUACUUAACAAUUAUACUUAGUUUUACAAAUUUUAUUUUUGAUUUAUUUUAGCAAUAUCUUUGUUUUAUAUGUUUCAUUUUUCAGGAAAAUAUUAAUGGGGUCAUGCGUUGGGUCAACCUGUCCCAAUAGAAAAAAUAAAAUUAUUCUAGUCAACAUUUAUUUCGAAAACUUAAAGAAGUUUUAAAUAAAAUAUAUAUUAUAAUGCUACUUGUUUCAUAUGAAAAAAUAUUUAAUUUCUUAUUGAAUGUUUAGUCGCACAAUAACAAACAAAACAUUAAAAAUAUUUUUACAUAAUAAUUGAAUUGCUGGAAUGAAACACCGAAAUUCUAGUCAAUAUGUUUAAAGUUUUAAAAAUAUUUUUAAAACUUUACAUGACCUGUUUUUUAUAUUAUCUAUUUAUUAUUCAACUCAGAGCUCCAAAAACACACCUAGUCUAGUCAAUAUACUCCAAAUAUUUAAAAUAUGUUUUCACAGUAAAUUAAUAAAAUCAGAGUUCAAAAUAAAACUUUAAAAUUUAUUAAUCAAUAUGCUGUAUUGAUAAAAAUAUUGUAGUUUAUGAUUUAACUUGAUGCUUUUGCGGAAAUCAGAAUUCUAGCCAAUAUCCUCCAAGUCUAAAAAAUAUUUUUAUGUGAUUUAUCAGAAAAUCAACUUCCUGUAAGAAACACAAAAAUUCUAGUCAAUAUACUCCUAGUAUUAUGAAUAUUUUUAUAUGGUCUAUUAGUCAACCCAAUUCUCAAAUGAAACAUCAAUAUUCUAGUCAAUGUCUAAUUUGUAUGAAUGAAACUAUUCAAUCUGGAAUCCUAAAAGAAGAACAAUGUGUAAUGUGAAAGAAGUGUUAAUUUUUACACUGUUGUUGAAUAAAUCUUUUUUUCUAUCUAGACUCUUAAUUACUUUUUAAACCUAUAAUGUGUCUCAGAGUAUCAUAAAUAAAUAUUAUAAUUUGAUUCAACCACAAUUUGAUUAUUCAUAAUUUGAUUCAUCAAUAUUCUAGUCAAUGUGUAAUUUGUAUGAAUGAAACUAUUUAUUCUGGAAUCCUAAAAGAACUAUGUGCAUGUGAAAGAAGUGUUAAUUUUUACACUGUCAUUGAAUAAACCUUUUUUUUUCUAUCUAGACUCUUAAUUACUUCAAACCUGAAAUGUGUCUCAAGAGUAUCAUAAACAAAUAUUAUAAUCUAAUUCAAUCAUAAUUUGAUUCAUCAAUAUUCUAGUCAAUGUGUAAUUUGCAUGAAUGAAACUAUUUAUUCUGGAAUCGUAAAAGAAGAACUAUGUGUAAUGUGAAAGAAGGGUUAAUUUUUACACUGUCAUUGAAUAAACCUUUUUUUUUCUAUCUAGACUCUUAAUUACUUUAAACCUGUAAUGUGUCUCAAGAGUAUCAUAAACAAAUAUUAUAAUUUGAUUCAAUCACAAUUUGAUUAUUCAUAAUUUGAUUCAUCAAUAUUCUAGUCAAUGUGUAAUUUGUAUGAGUGAAACUAUUUAUUCUGGAAUCCUAAAAGAACUAUGUGUAUGUGAAAGAAGUUUUAAUUUUUACACUGUCGUUGAAUAAAUCUUCUCUUUUUCUCUCU